AUGUCCCAGCGUCCUUUCUGUACGCAGCUGGGCCAUCUACCUCUGGCCAAGUUCUCACAUACCACCACUUCACUCAAACACAAAGGCCCAUUCAACUGGAGCCAUAUCCCUGGAGAAGGGACUAUGAUCGGUAUAUUCGAAAAGGUUUCCACCUCUUCUUCUACAGCCACACGUCUACUGUUAAAGAUCGCCCACAACAAUCAUGUCUUGGAAGAAGUCGAUUUGGCAUAUUUCACUCGAGAAGCAGUGAUCCAAUCGCAGCCGGAUCAACCGAGUCAACCCAGACCGGUGUUCGCUGUCGUCGUGAAGCUACCCUGUCUCGCUGUGAAAUACCCCGAUGCAUCUGGAUGGGUUCGUUCUUCGUAA